AUGGAGUUCCCCGCUGGUGGAGUGAUAGUCAUCGUUAUCAACACCAUUUUUACUUCGCUCGCGAUCAUCGCCGUGAUCCUCAGAUUCUACGCCAUCCAUGUCAUUGUUGCCACGGCAGUCCUUGCAAUGGUUGAUGGCGGCGCAGGCCUACACAUGAAACAGGCGACCGACCGCCAGCUUCUGAUGUUACUGAAGACAUUCGUUGCAGGGCCUAUAAUAUGGUCCACUGCUACAACAUUUAUCAAACUCUCCAUCUUAUCCUUCUACCACAAAGUGUUUGGCUCGAAACAGUCAAUGAGAAUCGCUGUUUAUAUUGAGAGCACUGUCACUAUAGCCCUCUACCUGGCCGGAAUCCUAGAGCCCUUCUUGCUCUGCCGGCCGUUCAACUAUACCUGGAACAAAGACGCACACGGAACCUGCGGUAAUGCAACAAAGGCGUAUCUAGCUAUAGCCGUGGCCAACCUGAUCGUUGACUUGUCCAUAUACCUGCUUCCAAUACCGGUAUUGUGGAACCUCCAGAUGAAUUUGGUUAAGAGACUAGCACUGUGUGGUAUAUUUGCCAUCGGUCUAGUCCUUCGGAUAUAUGCCGUUUUGACCCUCAAAGUCAAUGAUUAUUCCCAUUCUAUGAUCAAGGAUGUAACUUUCGGUGGCUUGGAGGUUGAAUUGGGUGCAAUAAACGCUUGUCUCCCAUUCUAUCGACCACUUGUCGCCAAGUAUAUCCCGAGUCUCAAGUUUGAUCGCAACUCUAGCAGAGGGUCAUAUGAUAGCGCAAAAUCUCGGCCAGGUCAUGUCCCCUGCAGUAGUGAGGGCGCAUCCCGGGACUCACGUGGGUCACAAAACCCAUUAAACCCUCCAAGCUGCAACCCUUAUGUUGACGAAGUAGUUGGUGAACCAUAUGCAAAUGGAGAUGGGCAUAUCCAGUUAGACGAUAGCUCGCUAGAAAAGGGAAUUACCCAGGAGCAAAGGGCUACCAGUCGUUGA